GAUGGAUCAACUAGGCUAGCAGCAAAGUAUCGAUACUAUCGAUAGUGCCCUCUUUGGUUUGACACCUCUAUUAGCGAGGCAGAAUUGUCACAUUUUUUGACAAAAUUUGCAGUUUGUGAUUCACGCUAGAACAUUUGAAUUCGUGUGGCCCAGGCAGCGCCAUAAGCAACAACACCCCAGACAGCAGCAGAGACUCGGCAAAGCAGCAGCAAAAUGCCCAAGAAUAAAGGUAAAGGUGGCAAAAAUCGUCGUCGUGGAAAGAACGAGAAUGAAUUCGAGAAGCGCGAGCUGAUCUUCAAGGAGGAUCAACAGGAGUACGCACAGGUGACCAAAAUGCUGGGCAAUGGUCGGUUGGAGGCAAUGUGCUUUGAUGGCGUCAAACGCCUGUGUCACAUUCGGGGGAAACUUCGCAAGAAGGUCUGGAUCAAUCAGGGCGAUAUUAUAUUGGUCGGCUUGCGCGACUAUCAGGACUCGAAGGCCGAUGUCAUUCUGAAGUACACGCCCGAUGAGGCCAGGAAUCUGAAGACAUACGGCGAGUUCCCCGAGUCGGUGCGCAUCAACGAGACAGUCACAUUCGUGGAGGAUGGCUUCGACGAGGACAUUGAGUUCGGCGAUGAGAUCAGCUCAGAGGACGAUGCUGAUUCCGUGGACAACAUCUGAUUGACAAGAAAACAAAGGAAGAUGUUAUCUGGAGCAGCAGCAGCAGCUGCAGCAUCAGGAGGGGGAGGGACGGCGGGUGCGGCAGGAACGUCCGGCGGAGCAAAGUCAGUUAAAAAGUUAGGGAAUUAAACAAAUUGUAAAAAGCAAAGCAAACCCCGCCCACAGAUACACAGAUCCACAUUCAGCAAUCAGCAAUCAGCAACCAAUCCAGCAUGCUCCCCCAACCAUUCACAGAGCGCGCGACGGGCCAACACUAGCAACAACAACAACAAACAACCGACAGACAGCCAACAAAAACAACAAUUACAGAAAUAGCCCACAGUUUAUCAACAACUUCCAAUGUUCAACAAUAUUCUUCGCUGUAACCUUUUCUAUCUAACCUUUUGGUAAUUUUCUUCGACUAGGUUCCAAAUUCAAAUUGUCUAAUUUAAUGCUCGCGUCUCAAGCGGCACAACAAAACUAAAUAUGAUCUAUGUAUGUAAUAGCUACAGUUAGUAGAAACUAUUGCGCUGAGCAGCAAGUAACAUGCCACACAGUGAAGCAAAGUGAACACUAAACACUCUUUAUGCAAUUAAACGAAACAACAGAAAACAACAACAAAAGAAAUCCCACAACCAAUGGAUACUAGUUAUUAUUCCAACCCAACAAAUUCACCCCAAAAACUAAAUGAGAAAAUCGCAAAAAAAAAAAAGAAAAAAAAAGCAAAGAGAAUAAUAAAGUAAAUUCAUAAAUCAUAA